UUUCAAUAUUGUAUUUCUCCAAUAGGAAAUAAACCAAGAGAAGUGGGAAAAAGAACUGAGGGAAGCCGGAAGUCUGGAUGAGCUUCUGAUGUUGACCGAAUACCCGGACUGGAAGCUGUGGAGAUGCAGACUCAAGCUGAAGCACUUCAAUGACGCCUCUCCUCCUGAGAACCGCAGGUCAACUCGCUAUGCGGCCGCAUCAUUCAGCCCAGAGAUGCUAAAAGAUAUUGAUGACGAAUGGCAGAAAACACAGUGUAUGCCCAGAGAGACGUGUGUAGAAGUGGCUAAAGAACUGGGCACCAAUACGGCAGUGUUUUUCAAGCCCCCAUGCGUCUCUGUCUUCAGGUGUGGCGGCUGCUGCAACAAAGAGGGAGUUACCUGCCGAAAUACAAGCAUGACUUAUGUCAAUAAAACUAUUUUGAGUGUGAGUCUGGCACCAUAUAAAUCUGGACCAGAGCCUGUGCUGGUGAAAAUAGCCAAUCACACAGAGUGUAAGUGCCAGGAACACGCGCUGAUCCGCAGACAUGUCCGUGAGAAGCACAGGAAGAACGGUUGCUCUCCUACACGUAAGCCUGAAGACAAGAGGCUAUGCAACAAGGGUUUAAUAUGGGACUGGAUGGCGGAGAGAUGUGUGACAUACCCCUCCAGUAAACAAGAACCGCCAUCUACCGUCAGUGAGGAGGACUGUGAGAUUGAUGUAGAGCGAUGUGAAUGUAUUCCAAAAUGGACAGACAGAUUACACCAUACGUGACACAAUUCAACAAAUCGUCUAAACUAAAGCUGCAAGAGAGAAAACAACAAUGAACACGACGCCUUGACAAUCUGCAAGUGCUAAAUGCAGAGACUGCAAAAUACCAUUUAAUUUAUUUAUCUCUCUAUUUAUAUCAAAUAAAAAUACUUUUAUUAACAUUUAUUCACACAUCUCAUCAGUAUCAUGGCAGCGAUAGCUUUCUAAAUAUAAAAAACAACUCUGCUUUUCCUGUCUGAACAGAUUGAAAAAUGAAAUCUGAGGUAAAUGUCUCCUUUGCACUGAAAUCAACAUUUCAUCGUAAAGAAUAUCUGUGGAUUUUCUUAGAUAUAUUUAUAUCUAUAAUAGUUAUGUUUAAGUAUAACUUAUAAUUUUUCAAAAUGAUUCCUGAGUGGCUAAUAGGGUCCCCUCCAUCAUGUUUCCAUUGCACAAGAGGACUGUAUGCGGGAUGGUGAAGUUCUUCAAUGACUAAGCCUCUUUUUAAGUUGUCUUCACCACUGAGCAUGCUGCCAACAAUAAGAAAAUAUGUACUGAAGAUAAAAAGCUGUUCAAAUAAAAAAUGGCAAAUUGAAUAAAGGCCUAUGAUUGUGA